CUGCUAUUCAUGGUUGGUUGACAAUGUCUAUUGGGUGAAUGAAGGUUGUCGGUUUAUAACCGAUAAAUGAAAUGGUGAACCGAAUAACCGCUUCCCUCUUCUAUUUCCCUUAAUCCCCUUCGCUCUCAACCCCUCCCUCGUCACGCCAGAAGCAUCCUCAUCGUCCCUCCAUCCUCAAAGCUUCACACCCAACCCUCAAUCAAUCGCCAAAAUCACGAGUCUUGACAAUCGACCAUCCAGACCUCUCCCUCCAGAACUCGCCAUCCAUUGUCAUCUACCUCAGCGCCUCACUCGCCGCCCGCCGCCCGCCUUCGACCUCACGGCCCAAACUCGUCGAAGUGGUCGCCGCAGAGUGAGAGUAGAGGAAGCCGGAAGGAAUCGACGAUAGUAGUUCUAGCACCACCUCGCCUCCCCCAUCCGCAUUCAUGCAUGCUCUGGUUAUUCCUUCUCGACGACAGCUGAGGAUCUGUGGCCAAGAUUUCAAGAAGAAAAUCUAUUUAUGGAGGUGAAUGCUCCUUUGUUCAAGUGUUCCUCAACGGCCACCACCUCCAUCGCGCACCAAUAGAAAAUUAUCAACCAGCCACCCAUUAGAAAUCUCCACUUCUAUCCGGAGAUAUUUCAAGUUAUUGUAAGACUCAAACUGGCGACCAUGAAUGUCAAAGUGGAUCGACAAGGUUUAGAGGAAAUCAUCAUCAUCAAGUUUAGUUUAAUGUCAAUGUUUGUUUAGACUUUAGUUUGUUUAUCUUUAUAGUCUUCAAAUGCUAGCUUGCACAUGUUGCCUUGUAGUGCAAAGCUUUUGUCUAUUUAAACCCAAGUAUGAAUGAGGAACACCCAAUACUUCUAGAGUUUCAUUUCCCCAACUCAUCUUUGUUGUUGUGGUAUCAGAAGCUCUAGAUCCUAGAGAACUCUACAAACCUUCUACCCACAAAAAUAAGGGCUAUAUCCAGAUCUGAAAUUUUUCAGAUGUAAACCCUAAAAAAAUUCAAUUCUUCUUCUUCAUUGCAUUUCUACCCAGCAUACCCAACCCAUCAUUUCUUCCCCAAAUUUACAGAUCCAAUUUGUCUCCCUGUUAAUUCCCUCCAUCUUCCUCAUUUCGCCUCACUGUUAAUUCCCUUUGCAGAGUUUCAUUUUCCCAAACCCAUUCGUUCCUUUCCAAAAUCCCCACAAAUCCCUUCCACCUUCCGACGCAAAAUCAUUGCCUAAUCUUUUCCUUUUCAACCCAAGAAUACAGAUCUAGUCCAGGCCAUUCUCGUGCUCUCCCCAAAUCUCCAGACCUGUCGCGUCCCUCCAUCUUCCGCGGAUCUCUCUCUGCCGCCGACUCAACCCCGACUUUUCAAAAGCCCAGAAACCACCACAAAAUCUGAAACCCAAACCUGCAGAUUUAUAAUCUUCACCUUCCAAAUUUGUUUCACAUCUCAAAACUUACAUGUUCGCAUGUUACCGAACGAGUACAAGGAGCUCUGUGAGAUCCACUAGUACCAGAGGUACCCAGUCGAGGAGAGUUCACUGUCGCCGGGGGAGAUGGAGGACGAACAAGAAGAGGGGAGCGAGGAGAAAAUCAUAUCCACUGACUCUGAACGAGAAUCUGUUUCGGAGCCCUUGGCUUCCGUUUUUCAGCUGAAGGACACCAGAAGACUCACUCCCACUUCGUCAAUCGAUUUCCAAACCGCGCCAAGCGAGAAGAAAUCUGUUGGCUAUAGUGGCGGGGUUGAAGAAGGCGGGGAACGUAAAAAGACGCUCUGUAGUUCAAAAAGGCCAACGCCAUCAAAAGCCAGCUUGAGGCAGGGGAUGAUUACAGAGCACAAGGUAAUCGUUGGAAGAAGGCAUUUCACACCCACUAGAGAAUACCUAGACGAGGAAGGUAAAAAUCUUGACCUUGAUGCUAAAAUCACCCUAUUGAAUGAGAAGAAGAUAGCUGCCGAUAAUGGAGUUCUUGGUCUUGAACGAGUUAGAGGUUCUGUUUGGCUAAAUUCAGCCAUUUCUGCGGGUGGAGUGGAAUUUUUGAAAGCUGUGAUUGUGCAGAAUUUUUAUGAGAAGAAUUUGAUUGAGCUUCAGAAGAUAGGUCAGUUUGUGCUUUUUGGUUCUUCAAGAGAAGAAAUCAAAUGUUUGAAUGUUCUUAUGCUGAGUUUCGUGAUUGUGUGGGAAGGAGAAGCCAAUGCUACCUCCUACACAACAAGAAUCUCAAGUUUAUAGUUCUGAAUUCAUAGAAAAACAAGAAGAAAGAGGAGCUGCAAGUUCAGGUGCAGCACAAUUUUUUUUUUUUUUUUUUUUUUUGAAGAACAAUCAGAAGAGAAGAAGUGUUUCAGAAGGAGCAGAAUCAAGAGAAAGAAGUCCUUGUUUCUGGAAGAAGAGAAGUAGAUGAAGAAAAGCACCAAAGUUGCAGCAGCGGGAAAAACUACCCUGCUGAAUUCAGAGUUCUUUUUUGGGAAGGAAUGCUAGCUAGCAAAAAUCAGCAGCAGCAUAUCCGAACCAAGCCGGAGAUUGGCAGCAGAGGGAAGACAUCUAAAAGGGCUCCCUGUUGAGUUUGAAGUAAUUUUUAUUUGGAAUGCUAGUUAGCUCAAGAAGCCACAUCAUAUCCUCAUAUACUUGGAGAAGCAGAGGGUAGUAGUCAAACAGUUACUCCCCGACUGACUUCAAGGUUUGUUUCUUGGAAGGAAUUGGUAGCUUGCAACAAAGCAGCAUCAUAUCCUAUCCACAUUUGAAGAUCAUCGGAGUGCUAGCUAGUAAAAAGAAAAAGCAGCAGCAUAUCCCAUCUUAUUUGGAGAAACUGAAGCUACGUAGCUGAAGUUGGGGGUUGAGUAGUUGAUGAAGAAGAAAGGAGUGCUAGCUAGCCAAGAAAAAACAGCAACAUAUCCGAGUUAAUUUGGAGAAACUCAAGCUACAAAGCUGAGUUGGGGGUUGAGGAGUUGAAGAAGAAGAAGAAGAUGGGAUGCCGACUAGCCAAAGAUGCAGUGGUAUCACCGGUUGAAGAAGAAGAUGAUGAUUUCAGCUAGCUAGCCACAGAUGCAGUGGUAUCACCCGCUUGCCGGGGGUAUCAGGAGAUAUUUCAAGUUAUCGUCAAGACUCAAACCGGCGACCAUGAAUGUCAAAGUGGAUCGACAAGGUUUAGAGGAAAUCAUCAUCAUCAUGUUUAGUUUGAUGUCAAUGUUUGUAUAGACUUUCUUGUAGUGCAAAGCUUUUAUCUAUUUAAACCCAAGUAUGAAUGAGAAACACCCAAGACUUCUAGGGUUUCAUUUCCCCAACUCAUCUUUGUUGUUAACUUUGCAGUCGCUAAGGACCAUUCUUCCUUCCUCGUGACGAUUGUAAGCUACCUCCUCACCGAGGAGAUGUCAGUGGUUGCGGUUUUUGGCUAACCGAUAAAGCUCGCAAUGGCGGUGUCGGUGGACAAUUUUCACUCCUAGUCGAUCUCGGCUAACCGCCUUUGUGGUGCGGUUAACUCGUAACCGCAUCGAGUAUCACCUUUAAAUUUUAUGGUGUGGUGAGAUAGGAGUUUGAGUCAUGGAUAUACGAUGGAUUUGGUGGCAUUAUGGAUUUGAACAAGUCUAUUGUUUGUUUGUUGAAUUUGAUUAUGGAUUUUGUUUGAUUAGAUUUGUGGAUAUUAAAUACAAAUUACCUUGUUACCAUUAUCUAAUUAUAGUUCUAUAUUAUCAUCCAAAUCUUUCAUUUAAAACAAAUUCAAAACAUAGAAAGAAAUUUUAAACUCUUUACCACUGUGUGGAUAAUAAUUUAAUAACUACAAAUAUAGAAAUGUAUUACAAUUUGGCACUGAUUAACAAUUCAUCUAAUAAUGUACGCAAUAUUAUGUAUCAAUUGCAACCUAUUGCUUGCUUUAUUGCUACAGCUUAUCAUCUUCUUGCUAACUCCCCGAUUUUGGAAUCCGACAGUCAAUCAAAUAAUCAUGCAUAAGAUGAGCAUAAGGUGUUUAUAGGUGAAUCUAUCAAAUCACAUACACAUUCAUAUUUAAAUAAAAUACGAUAUUACAA